AGCGGAGCCCCCCCGCGGGCGGACACGGCGCCCCGCCGCCCGGCCCCCGCGCCGCCAGUCCCGUCUCAUUCGCUACACACGUUUCAACAAAUGAGACAGAAGUUCAACAGACAACAGCCUGCUUCCCUACACAACCCUGAUUUAUUCCCUGAGCACCAUCCAUCCUGUCCACUGAAUGAAGCAGGGGUCCUGUGGAAAAAAUAAUGAGGAGACCCAGGGCUUAAAUUGGAUGGAAACUCAAAUACUGGAGAAACUGGGGUCUCUGGAUGGCAGACUCUGAAAAGAAAUGCAGUUUUAAGAGACACCAAAGAUGCUGACUAGAAAGAUUAAACUCUGGGAUAUUAAUGCCCAUAUAACCUGUCGUCUCUGCAAUGGAUACCUUAUUGAUGCUACCACUGUAACAGAAUGCUUACAUACCUUCUGUAGAAGUUGCCUGGUGAAGUAUUUGGAGGAAAAUAACACCUGUCCAACAUGUAGAAUUGUUAUACAUCAGAGCCAUCCGCUACAGUAUAUCGGUCAUGACAGAACAAUGCAAGAUAUUGUUUACAAACUUGUGCCAGGCCUUCAAGAAGCGGAAAUGAGAAAGCAGAGAGAAUUCUAUCAUAAACUAGGCAUGGAAGUACCAGGGGACAUCAAAGGGGAGACAUGCUCUGCUAAGCAACAUUUAGAUUCGCAUCGGAAUGGUGAAACUAAAGCUGAUGAGAGUUCAAACAAAGAAACAUCAGAAGAAAAACAGGAAGAAGAUAAUGACUAUCACAGAAGUGAUGAACAGGUAAGCAUCUGCUUGGAAUGCAAUAGCAGCAAAUUGCGUGGAUUGAAACGAAAAUGGAUCCGCUGCUCAGCACAAGCAACAGUCUUACAUCUAAAGAAGUUCAUUGCCAAAAAACUUAACCUGUCUUCUUUUAAUGAGCUGGAUAUAUUAUGCAAUGAAGAAAUUCUUGGCAAGGACCAUACGCUCAAAUUUGUAGUUGUCACUAGAUGGAGAUUUAAGAAAGCACCUCUCCUGCUACAUUACAGACCCAAAAUGGACUUGCUGUAAGAGACCUUUAUUGUCCUUCUGGACAGCGUUUUUUG